AUGCACCUCAGUCGCUCAUUCACAAAGGUCGUGCCCUUCGCCACCACCACCACCACUACAACAACUUGCAGAGCAGCAGGAACAGCCCUCUUCACCCGGACGACAACAGCACUCGGACACAGACUCAACCAAAAGACCCUCUGGACCGCCGCUACAAGUUCGCACCCUGACCUCGCAACCGCCCUCUCCCAAUGCCUCUCAUCUUCUUCCACAUCCUCCCCAGUGACAACCAAGACAACUGAUAGCAACAAAAAGUCAGGCGUCACUAUCAUCCUCGCCUCGCGUUCCUACCCCGGCUCCGAUUUGCUCACCCUCCCCUCCAAGAUCCCAGAUCACAUCUCCCAAUCCCGACAUAUCCUCGGCGCAGUCGUCGAUCGCGUCCCGACCCCCUCCGGACACGGCGUCUCCACCCUCACCCUCACACCCGCCACCGCCGCCAACGCCGCAUCAGAUCGCCUGGUGGACUGUCAACCAUUCUACCUUUCGGGCGCAGAAUCGCGUCGGAAACGCCUCAAGGAGAAAUCAGUCGGCAAAUGGGCUCGUUCUCAGGAUAUCGAAGAGCGAAGCCUCGACACCGCCGACGCCUGGUCCUCCUUCAAAAGUAUCUCCAUCGGCCGUAACCAAGUCCAAGUCCCUGCCGCGGCUCUUCCUCCCUCUUCAUCUGCAGCCUCAGCUUCAGGAUCAAACGAUACGGAUCAGGAUAUUAUGAUGAUUUCGGAUAUGGAGGUGCAUCAGUUUUUGGAGGCGCUGGAUUCAGCUAACCCUGCAGCGUCCAAGGUUGGUCUGAUGGCGAGUUCGACGCCGUUUAUCACUGGGCGGCCAGUAACCAUGUUUUAUGAUGGCCAGCUGGUUCAGGAUGGUGUUUUGGGUGUUUCAAUCUUGAAGCGUCCCGCCGCAAAGCAGGAGACUACCAAUGUGACCUAUCCUUCCAUGUCACCCUUGGGACCUGCCAUGCAGAUCACUCGGUGCCGGGGCAACAUUAUUCUGGAGCUGGAUGAAUCCAACGCGACAAGACUCCUACUCGACCGCCUUCAGUCAACAACAUUGACCAAGGACAAAGAGUACUUCUUGGCCACCGGCGAACCCACCACCGCCACCUCAGAAUCUCCUGCUCAAGUCGACAUGUCAAAGGCAACGGUGUACAAGAUCACGGGAGGAGACCCCAGCAAGGGAAACAUGGCUGUCGAUACCGUCCACGACCUCCAGAUCGGACAAUGGGUACAGUUCAUCCAUCACGGCCAAGCCCAAGACCACGGACAUAUCGAUAACGACCUUGCCUCGUCAGAUAUUCAAACUGGUAAGCUUAUUGCCAGGGGUGCAACAACGAUGAGGUUCACGGCAACGGACCCCAACAACACCAUUGAAGAACUAGAGUCUGUAGGAUCCAAUGCCCACCACUACGAAAACGAUACAUCUGCAUCAGCACAGCAACCUAGGUUCGGUGGAUCGAGCGAGAACGGGUUCAUUGUCGGACAACCUAACCAAGGCACCUGGGUUUGUGCCGUCACCGACAGUAUCCUCAGGCAUACCCUCUAA